GAUGGCAGGUAGAUCAAGCAAUCUUAUCAGAAGAGGAUCGGGUAGUUGUUAUUAGAUUUGGGCAUGAUUGGGAUCCAACAUGCAUGAAAAUGGACGAAACUUUAUAUGGUAUAGCAGAAAAAGUAAAAAAUUUUGCCGUCAUUUAUUUGGUUGAUAUUACGGAAGUUCCAGAUUUUAAUAAAAUGUAUGAACUUUACGAUCCUUGUACUGUAAUGUUUUUCUUUCGAAAUAAACACAUUAUGAUCGAUCUAGGAACGGGUAAUAAUAAUAAAAUUAAUUGGGCAUUAGAAGAUAAACAGGAACUUAUUGAUAUUAUAGAAACUGUUUAUCGGGGUGCACGAAAGGGGAGAGGUUUGGUGGUUUCACCGAAAGAUUACUCUACAAAAUACAAAUAUUGA